AAAGGAAAGUAACCAGCGUCACAAGAAGAGAAGAAAACCAAGAAAGCAGCGCGCAUGGAGAGGCUGAAGACGAAUCUUCUGCUUGAUCCUGUGCUGCCAUCUGGUAUCUCUGCUAUAAAUCAAUCUUACGUGAUGGAUCACGUGAUCAUUGAAGGAAUAGUGUCUUUCCCGCAUGCGGAAAUGAUGAUUUCAUAAUCGACAACAAAACAAAAUCAUGGCUGAAGAUUCUGGAGGGAGUACUGUUGGGUCUUGCUCAGAAGAAACUUCAUCAGAUAUAACUAGUCCUUUUGUUGAAGUGAAUUUUAAUGAUAUCGAAUUUUAUGAAAGAUGUGGUGGAGGAGCAUUUGGCUGUGUCUAUAGAGCACUUUGGAAGUCUCAGAACAAAAUUGUUGCAGUUAAGAAACUACUGGUCUUGGAAAAAGAGGCUCAAGUUCUUAGUCUGCUGAGCCAUAAAAAUAUCAUCAAGUUUUUUGGAGCUGUCACAAUAUCUCCAAACUACUGCAUUAUUACAGAGUAUUCAGAAAAUGGCUCUUUAUAUGCUUUUCUUGGGGAACAAGAAAACAAUUCUAUGUUAAGUUUUGAGCAGAUUUUACGAUGGAGUUCUGAAAUAGCAGCUGGAAUGCAUUAUCUUCAUGAAGAAGCUCCAGUCAAAGUUAUCCACCGGGAUUUAAAAUCUAAAAAUG